AAAUCCUCCACAGGCAGAGAGAACGAGUAAACAGUUGUUUUAGUUCAAUAUUGGCAGAUAGCAGACAGACAAGUCAAUGGAGAAUUCUGACAUAUCAGAAAAUGUGUUGAAGGGAUUCAAGGGAACGUACAAUGAGCUGAUAUGUCAGGAUGAUUUCAGCACAGAUGGACAUCCUCUCUAUAACAGACAAGACCAACAACAAGUGUCCAUGUUCAUGGUGAGAGAUGGGCUGAGUUCUCGAUUCUACCGAUUGGUUGCAGUGAGUCUGGGCAUGCUCAGUGCUCUUCUACUGGCCGUUGACAUUGGUCUGGGGGUCCAAUUGAUGUUAGGUCUCUCUUUGGGCCCCACAGACAGCAAAGUCAGUGAGAAGUACAGUCCACUAUAUCAGAACUUGACACAGAUCAGCAGUGAGCUGGAGCAACUCAGAGCUACCCACCGUAAUAUGAUCCACGCCAAAGAGGAGGCCUUGACAGUGUUACAGAGAGAGCUCCAAAAUGUGUACAAAACCAGCGGGCAGCUAGAGAGUGCCAAACACACUGGCAUGGAGUUACAGAGGCAGGUUGAAAGCCUUCAGGAACAGAAGGUGGCAUUGCAGUCCCGUGUCACUGAAGUUGUGGAAAGCUGUGGCCGUUGUUUGCCAGGAUGGGAACUGCUAAACUCAGUGUGUUACUACUUUCCCUUGUCUGACUCCAUUCCUCUGAAAACGUGGGACAGAAGCAGAGAUAACUGCAUUAAACAAGGAGCUGACCUGGCAAAAAUAGAUAGUGAAGAGAAGCAGGAGUUUAUCAAUAAGGCAAUACAAGCAUUAAGAUACAGCUCAGGAUCCUGGCACCUAACAGGGUUCUGGAUAGGACUGAAGGAGGAAGAGGAUACAGAGGGGACCUGGACAUGGCUUGAUGGGACUGAGCUGACUCAGGGGUACUGAGAAGAUGGAGAGCCCAAUGACCACUAUGGAAUGGAGGACUGUGCGGCCAUCAAAAUAAAUCCCAUGAAGUCCUGGAAUGAUGCUACGUGUAAAAGUGAAAUGCAAUCAAGGAAAUUACUGUAAAAUGUCCAUUAUUUCCUAUACUAUUUCAUUCAAGUAAAUACAUACAGUCAAAAUAAUAGGCAUUGGAAUCAAAUGUCAAUUUAAGUUUUACAUAGCAUAAGAUUGUAUCUGUUGAAAGAAAUUGUUUUAAUAUGAGUUUUGUAUAUUUUUGAUUGUUUUUGAUUGUUUACUCAUUACAAACAAGACAGACUACAAAUUGUGACAAGAGGAAUGGUAGUACAAAAAUACAUCCCUGGUUUACAUCUGAAUACACUAUAAAAAUAUAGCAGUAUAAAUACAUUUACUAUAAAUAUUUGUAUUACAUGUUCAUACUUUACUAUGUACAUUUACUAUCAGUGCUUAAAGGUACCUUAAAUACUAUUCUACAAGCCUGUGAACCAACCAUUGAAAAGAAAAACGAGCAAAUAAAACAGUUGUAAACGAC